GAACGACAGACGAGAGAAUCUGCGCGGGGGAAGAAACUGCUUAGCCUCCCACCCGUGUGAUGGAGUCUUCCCACUUAGAUGUGCCGCCUGCAGGAGGAGAGAAACCAUACGCGUGUGAUACAUGUGGACACAGAUUCGCACUAGAGAAGCAUCUGCAGACCCACAUGCACAUUCACACAGGAGAGAAACCCUAUGCGUGUGAUAUUUGUUUAUAUUCAUGUUCUAAAUUAAGUUGUAUGAAAGUGCACUUUCAAACUCACACAGGCGAAAAGCCUUAUGCAUGUGACACAUGUGACUACAGGUGCGCUCAGCUAUCCAGUCUUAAGACACACAUGCGCUCUCACACGGGAGAGAAACCCUAUGCGUGUGAUACGUGUGAUUAUAGCUGCUUUCAAAUGUCUUGCCUCAAGCGACACAAACGCACCCAUGCAGGCGAGAAACCGUAUGUGUGUGAUAUUUGUUCAUAUUCAUAUUCUCACUUGAGUCGUCUGAAGGAGCACUUUCGAACUCACUCGGGUGGAAAGCCCUAUGCAUGUGACAAAUGCGAGUACAAAUGUAUGUCAUCCUCUGCUCUCCAGGCACACAAGCGAACUCACCCAGGAGUGAAACCCUACAAGUGUGACACAUGUGACUACAGGUGCCGUCACCUAUCCAGUCUUAAGACACACAUACGAACUCACACAGGAGAGAAGCCCUAUGCAUGUGAUACGUGUGACUACAGAUGCUCUGAAGUGGCUAAACUCAAGCUACACAAACGCACCCAUACAGGAGAGAAACCCUACGUGUGUGACAUUUGUUCAUAUUCAUAUUCUCACUUGAGUCAUAUGAAGGUGCACUUUCGAACUCACUCAGGAGAAAAGCCCUAUGCAUGUGACAAAUGCGAGUACAAAUGUACGUCAUCCAAUAAUCUCAAGAGACACAAGCGCAUUCACACAGGCGAAAAGCCUUAUGCAUGUGACACAUGUGACUACAGGUGCGUUCAACUAUCCAAUCUUCAGACACACAAGGGAACUCACACAGGAGAGAAACCCUUUGCAUGUGAUACGUGUGAUUAUAGAUGCUCUAGUAUGGCUCACCUCAAGGAACACAAGCGCAUUCACACAGGGGAAAAGCCUUAUGCAUGUGACACAUGUGACUACAGGUGCGCUCAACUAUCCAAUCUUAAGACACACAUGCGAACUCACACAGGAGAGAAACCCUAUGCGUGUGAUACGUGUGACUACAGCUGCUCUAGUAUGACUCAACUCAAGGAACACAAGCGCAUUCACACAGGCGAAAAGCCUUAUGCAUGUGACACAUGUGACUACAGGUGCGCUCAACUAUCCAAUCUUAAGACACACAUGCGAACUCACACGGGAGAGAAACCCUAUGCAUGUGAUACGUGUGACUACAGAUGCUCUGAAGUGGCUAAACUCAAGCUACACAAACGCACCCAUACAGGCGAAAAGCCUUAUGCAUGUGACACAUGUGACUACAGGUGCGCGCAACUAUCCAAUCUUAAGACACACAUGCGAACUCACACGGGAGAGAAACCCUAUGCAUGUGAUGCGUGUGACUACAGAUGCUCUGAAGUGGCUAAACUCAAGCGACACAAACGCACCCAUACAGGAGAGAACCCCUACGUGUGUGACAUUUGUUCAUAUUCAUGUUCUCACUUGAGUCGUCUGAAUGUGCACUUUCGAACUCACUCAGGUGAAAAACCCAAUGCAUGUGACAAAUUCGAGUACAAAUGUACGUCAUCCAAAUCUCUUAAGCAACACAAGGGCAUUCAUACAGGAGAGAAACGCUAUGCAUGUGAUACGUGUGACUACAGCUGCAGUCAACCAGCAAAUCUCAAGACACACAAGCUAACUCACAUGGGAGGAAAGCCCUAG